AACCAGACCUCACAUUUCAAUCUGGUGUCUGAAGUGCCUGUGACCUGAUUUGGGGAUGGUCUAAAACUUUACUGCACGAAGCUGCGCAGGAGAGUGGAAAACACACGCAGCCAGCAGAGCUUUUUUGCAAACACCACACGCUUGAUGAAGAGCUUUCAGAUUGCUGGUCUGUCGCUGAGAGGAGUUCGAGCAUGUACACUGAGCACAGAGACCUGACCUGGAUACUGAGCCUCCUGCUUCUCUCUGGUGUUCUCUGCAAUGAGUGGAAAGUGGAAUAUCAACCGAAUGUCUGUGCAGUGAAAGGCUCAUCCGUCGUCAUUCCAUGUUCAUUUGACUAUCCAGGAGGGAUAGUACAACAGGUCAUGUGGGGUCAUGAAAGCAAAGAUAUUUUCGAUGGACCUUUCAUCUUUGAUAGUGCUUCAAAUAAUCAACCCUCAGUAUAUCAGUAUAUUGGGGACCAAAGUCACAAUUGUUCUUUAAAAAUAAACCCAGGAAAGCACAAUAUUACAGGUAAAUAUACAUUCAGGUUCAUAACCAAAUCCCCAACUGGCAAAUGGACCGGCCAAGAGGGCUCCAUAUUAAAGAUAGUUGAUCUGAAAACGUCAGUGACAAACACGAGUGGACACGGAGCGAUAAAGGAAGGGGACUCUGUGAAUGUGACCUGUAGAAAUGGCUGUGAUGGCGCUGACGCCUCAUCUGCGUUCAUCUGGUUUAAGAACGGAGAGCUCAUCCAUGAAGGACCUUCACUUUAUUGGAGAAACAUGUCCCCCUCAAACUCUGGAAAUUACACUUGUUCCCUCAAAGCUCACAGGGGGACGACCUCAGGAGUCGUAAACAUCAACGUUGAACACGGCCCUAAGAACACAUCGGUGUCAGUCCGACCAUCGACGGAGGUGGAUGUAGGCAGCAGCCUGACUCUCACCUGCAGCAGCCGUGCAAACCCCCCGGUGGAGAAAUACUCUUGGUUUAAAGUUGAUGAUGGUGAUAUUGUAAGUGGUGAAAACAAGUCUGAGCUGCACUUUAGUGAGGUUUCUCUUGCCGCUGGUGGCCAGUACUUAUGCAGAGCCACCAACAGACAUGGAAGUCAGAACUCUACGAUGGUGACUUUGAAAGUUAAAGCACAUUUUCCAUAUAUAAUUGUUAUUGCCACUGCUGCUGCUGCACUUCUGAUCGUUGCGGCCAUUGUGAUCGCCCUCAGAAGAUGCAAAGAAAAAAGGGCAAGGGAACCAGAGGCUGAUCAUGAGGAGGACCAGCAGAACACGCUCUACCUCAACUGGCCCAUACCUGACAACAGCGCUGAGGGAUAUCCAUGCGUGGGAGACAAAACAGAAACGCUCUACACAACCAUUGAUUUCAACCUCAAGAGGAAGUCAAACACGCAGCAGCAGACGGACUCUCAUAGCAAUGAUGAAGGUGCGAUCUACAGCUUGUUGCAGUUUCCAGGGAGAAACUCUUGAACCCUUCAUACGCUGACUAUGCCUGUGACGGGAAGAGGAAACCCUGUGUGAAAAUAUAAUAUAACAGAUUCUUGAGAGAUGAAGAUAUGUCAAUAACAUAACAGUCAGGUGGAUGUUACGUAAAGGUUGUAGCAGAAGGAUCCAGAGAGGAAAUUCACAGCAUCCGUCUCUAAUAAUGACACAUAUUCACAUGAAGUCUGUUCUCAGCUCUGCCUCUGCCAAAGAUAUGUUUAUUUUAAUAAAGGUCUUUUUUUUUCUGUGCCUCGUCGAGUGUCAGUUGAUGCACUGACUGGUUGUUAAGUUUUUUUGUUGUUGUGUGCAAAGAUAAUACAAAUUAAUUCACGUUUACUUUGUGAAGUGAUGUGACACAAUUUUUCUCACAACUCUCAUCAAGAUAUCUGUCUUUAUAUUUAAAACACUUUGUGAUCCCACUGUACUCCUCACAUCUGCCUGCCUGUUGUCCAGGGCCUCUGUCAGCUGGAUGUGUAUGAAACGAUACACAUGUGCUGUUAACAUGCAAACAUGCAUCUUUAAUAACCAUGUGAGCCUCCUGUCUUUCUGUAGAGGCCCUUGCAGAAGCCUGUUGGGCAAACUGGCUUUGACGCGCAUCUUGUACAUUGCAUGUGAGACAAUAAAAAACUCUGCAAAGCUU